AUGGACGACCCAGCAUUCGCCACCGACACCGACCUCACAACGCAAUCCCUCCUCCUCGCCGCCGCCCACCACGACAUCAGCGCCCUACGCGACCUCCUCCGCCACAGCUCCGCGAACGUACAAGACAGCGACACCGGAUUCACGCCUCUGCAUGCGGCGAUCGCGGCGCUUGAUAUAAGCCAUGACGAGCAUGAAGACGGGGGGCAUGUGAAUGGUGAUACAGCAACAGGGGAGGAGGGGGAGGAGGGGGCAGAGGAGCGGCGGAAGAAACAGGAGAGGGAAGACGAGAUAGCAGCGGCGGUGCGCACGGUGCGGUUGUUGCUGCAGCACGGGGCGAUUUGGAAUGAGUUGGAUGUGAAUGAUGAGACGCCCGGGUGUGUGGCGGAGAGGCUGGGGGUGAGGGAGGUGUAUGAUUUGAUGGUUGAUGCGGGGGUGCGGGCUGAGUUGCUGCUUGGUAGGCUUGAUGGGUAUGAGGCGCUGGCUGAUGCUGAGGAUGAGGAGGAGGAGGAGAGUGGGGAAGAGGAGGGAGGAAAAGAUGAGCAUGAAGAGGAGGAGGCACAGGACGCGAUUGAGGUGCAAGAUAACUCGACUACUGAUUUGGCUGGUGCUGGCUCCACAGGCGAGCAGAUUGAGAGUGAUGUCUCUGCUCAUAAUUCGACAUAUCUCUCUCAUCCCGUGACUAUCAGCGACAGCCAAAUUCUGGAUCGCUCUGCCAACGGCGUCAUGAUGUCUUGGGAAGGUCCUAUCAUGGAGCGGAGUGCGAAGCUCUUGCUGCCGAGUGUUGAAGCUCGUGUGUUGAAUGUUGGGCACGGCAUGGGCAUGAUCGACAAGGCAUUCCAGGAGCAGUCACCGAUUGCACAUCAUAUUGUGGAAGCACAUCCGGACGUGUUAGCACAGAUGCGACGGGACGGCUGGUAUGAGCGAGAAAAUGUUGUCAUUCACGAGGGGAAAUGGCAAGACGUAGUACCGAAACUCGCUCAGCAGGGGCUGUUAUUCAAUGCCAUCUAUUUCGAUACAUUUGCCGAGGAGUACAAAGCUUUGCGGGACUUCUUCACCGAACAUGUCAUUGGAUUACUCGAGGAAGGAGGGAGGUUCGGCUUCUUCAAUGGGAUGGGUGCAGACCGACAGAUUUGCUACGACGUAUACAAGAAUGUCGUGGAAAUGGAUCUUCUCGAAGCUGGAUUCGACGUUGAUUGGGAAAACAUUGACAUCCCUGACCUUGUUGCUUCCGGAGAGUGGGAAGGGGUGAAGCGGCCAUAUUGGAAGCUCAAGACCUAUCGUUUACCGACUUGUACCUUUAUGGCGUAA